GCCGUAAUCAUGACAGAUGAGAAGAAACAAAGGAGUAUAGAGAUUAGCCAUUUCUUGGAAUCUGAUCUUGAGAGCUUCCCACAUCUCAAAUUCAAAUCGCCAAAACAGGAGAGAAAGACCAUGAAUAUGGAAAGUAUUCCAAUGUCUUGCCAUGCAAGCCCAAUUAUGUCUCCUAAUGGGGGGAAAUUUGAUCUCGAAAAGGUGAAUAUUAAGGAAAAAACAGAAGUUAAAAACCUAAAAUAGCUUGCUCAAGAUGACCCCUUUGAAGAAUGAGAUACUUGCAGCGGAGAAUCAGCCGGUUUCAGCAGAGAGGCUCAAGAAUAAGAAGAACAUGUUCAACAAAUCACUCGAUGAUUUGUCACAUAAAGGUAACAAAGAUAGAAUAGAUUAUCAGCUCACAAAGAUAUCUCAGUCUACUGAGAUGGUUCAGAGGAAGUUUGUGUCUAAGAUUGACAGGAACUCAGGCAAGAAGAUUAAGAACGAAAGAUCUCCACUUAUCCGUCACGAUAAGCUAGAGGAGGGGCUUAUAAGUGGAGGCCAAAGUGAUCUGGACAAUGACUGACUUCCCGAGUUUGAUCCUCCCUAUAAGUCCACACAUAUUUGCAACAAUUUUACUCCAAAGGUUUUGAAUUUUGCGGACAAAUCUCAUGAUUAUGAUAAUCCGCUCUUAUCCCACGACUUGCCGAAGGAAGAAGAUAGUGAGGUUUAUACUCCUUCAUUUGAUCAUAAAAAUGAAGAUUUCAAUGAGAAAUCCCCGUUGAGUUUGAUCAAAGACAAGAAAGAAUAUUCCUAUAAAAAGAAAGGGAGGCAUUUACAUUGGGGUGAUGAUAAGCACUAUCUCUCUCAUCAUAUGAUACACAAUGAUAGCAGCCAUCAUCUCAAUCCAAUGCUUUCUUAUAGGGGAAUUUCACAGCCACCUCCAGCAGAAUUGAGAAAUCAAUUGGGUGUCCAUGAUGAGAAUAUUGAGGAGGAAAAAGAGAGGAGUUAUUCCCACUCAAAACAGUAUUAUCCAACUUGUCAUUGCCAUAAAACUGCACAAGGUGUCCGGUAUAAUCCUUAUGGCUAUUACUAUGCACCAGCUAACAUCUUGUUCUCUCCUAAAUCUGUUGAUUCGGACAGAAAAUCAAAGAAAAGAAAUCGUAAGAGCAGAAGAAAGAAUAGAGAUAAUCAUUCUCACAAAUCACAUCGAAAUAAAUCAGCUUAUGUUGGAAGUACAAUUCCGUUAAUGAUAGUCCCUACUAUGAAGGAUGAUAGAAUCCUACUGCAUGCUUACCCUAUGGAGGAAUCAUAUCCUAAUCAUGAAGACCAUGACAUAGAAAAAGAGAGUUAUUCGAUAAAGAGGCCUCCUACCUAUAUCCAAAAACUCGAAUAUUCUUCAGACAAAAAGAGCUCUAGAUACCACAAGAGCUCAACCAAAAAGAAAAAGAAGGGUGUAGAGGUAGAAAAAUAGAGGAAGAGAGCUCUUCAAGGUUGAUAGAGACAGGACCAAUAGUCUCUCUGGUAAGAAGAGAAGCAGCAACAGUGACUCUAAUGACAACGCUAGGAAAAGAAGAAGUAUUUCUGAAGAAUCAGAGAUACUCCUCUGCAAUCAGAUUAAAAAGCAGAAUAGCGGCAAGAGCUCAACAAUGAUCAAGAUCACAAAUAACUGUGAUGAUUUCUUACAAGCUUAUGCUUCUGGAAAUUCUGGAGAUAGCAGCGGCGAGUCAAAGAAUAAGGAGAAUAUACCUCCUAAACACAAUUCUAGCAUUUAUAAUUCAGAGUUUAGAGGAACACACCUUAGAUUUAAGAGCUUGACUGACAGCAACUACAAUAAGUUUAAAGCAAAGAAUAAUGGUUGACUAAAAGAAGGCAAAAAUGUCAAAAUAGAAGAGCUUAAAGACAAUAGAGCUCCUUUUUCCAGAGUUGAUUCGAACCCUGCCAGUUUUGGAAAUCCUACAAUCCCAUUUUAUCACCCUCCCGAGCUGAUCAAAAGCCAUAGCUUCUAUAAUAAGCUGUCUGAUGAGUCAAAGCAGUCUUCAGAAGAUUUGGGAAUGUUGAAUUAUUCUUAUGAAAAUACUCAAGGAGCUCAAGGUUUGGAAAAUAAUAGCGCCAUAUUUCCUGAUAAACCAAUUAAGGACAUUUUAAUCCCCCAAGAUUUCAUCAAGGAUGUUGAUAAAGAGCAGAAUGAGGCUCCCUCAGGGCGGUUCAGGUGCAAUUGUAAGAAGUCAAUGUGCCUCAAACUCUACUGUGAAUGCUUCUCUACUGGUGCAGGAUGCAGUAAGGACUGAAAUUGUGUGAACUGACUCAAUACCCCUGGAAAUCCAACGCGUGAAGAGGCUAUUAGAGUAGCUAAAGAGAGGAAUCCAAACGCAUUUAAGCCAAAGAUCCUAUUCCAGGAGGACAAAAGUAUCGAAAGCAAGCAAGUACCAGGUGGAAGACACACUAAAGGUUGAAACUGUAAGAAAAGCCAUUGCCUUAAAAAGUACUGAGAAUGCUUUCAAAGUGGGGUUAUGUGCACCAGUAUUUGAAAGUGUGAAGGAUGCAAAAAUUGCAAACCUGAAGAUCAAGAAAAAGAUAUGGAUAUCGACCAAGACAAACUGGAUCAGGAGAUGACCCCUCAGAAGCCACCUUUGAAGGUGAUCAAACCUAAGGAUGUGAAGAUGGAAACCUCUGAUAAAAAGUCGUCUUGAGAGAAGCAAGUGAAAAUCAAACAAGAGUCCAAAGAAAUACCUAUUAUGCCAAAGAUUAUCAAAAGAGAGGAAAUAAAAGAGAGUAAAACUUCUAAGAGUCCGAAAAUAACAACUAAGAAAUCUUCCGAAAAUAUUAUAAAAAUGGAAGUGCCGGAAUCCAAGGUUAUAAGAAGAAGAUCAGCUAGAAGAAAGUCAAGGAAAUUGAUAUUCAUUGAAUAUUCCAAAAACACACAUGGGCUGAAGGUAAUUGUUCAGAAAAAGAAAGGCGAUCAAAUAAAAACAAAGGUCCAUAGGGCUACCACACUAAAGGGAGGCAGAGUUGAAACCCCAAAGCCAAAAGGGAAGAGUUUGAAGGUGAAAAGCAGAAAGCCUUCCGCAAAGAAAUCCAUCAGAACCAAGGUCAUUAAAACUCCUUCUAAGAAGUCAACAAAAACAAGCACUUCUAAAAGCACGAAGAGGGUUCUGAUUAAGAAGAUUUCUUCUGAGUCUCACGGGCGGACUCUGAGGUCUGGGGUGACCUUAGGAAAGAUUUCUUCUUCUGAUUCUAAGAAUAAGAGCCCUAUCACUAGAUCUCAGAAGAAAAGGCUGAAUGGAAAGAAGCAAAAUACCUUGGUGAAGUCUAUCAAGAAAGGAUAAAGCCCUUCAAGCUGGGUGUUUGGUAGCAUUUAGGGCCACUCAGCAUUUCAUUAAUUAAUUUUAGCCCGUGUUCUCAUUUCAAAAUU